AACUCCGCCGCCUUUCGACAUGGCUGCACCUCCGGCAGAUUCUGGGUGAACCGAAGCGCAUAGCUGAGGCAAUCGACCGAGCUCUCUACAUUCCCGAGAAACGGCUGUCUGCGUUGACUGCGAGGCGACGAAUGUCCAUCUUCUGGCCGCGAAGCUGGAACUGAGCUCCACGAUGCAAUUGAGGCCCAUUGCACAAGCACAAUAGUGCUUCUGCUGCAGCCUUCUGACGCAAGUGUUCUUUGCGACAGGCAUCUGGCUAAAUUCGCGUCCCUCUCGCGCCGAAAGAUGCGCUUCGCGACACAUCCGCCAGUCACAAGCAGCACUCACUGCGAACGCCGUCCCGUUCGGUACGUAACGUCACCUGCUCAAUGGUGGGCGCAACUGCUAUACGAUCGAGCGCAACUGCUGACAUUCGAUCAGCUCAGUAAGCCGGAGAAAGUGCCACAGCUCGUGCGCAGCUUCGAGCCGUCCCUCGACAGCUUUGACGAAGAGCACACCGCGACCAAUCUCGUUGUUGAUGACCUAGUCAAUCUGAUCUUGACACCGGAGGGCCAAGCGACCGCUCAACUCCUGGAUGGCAUAUCGCAAAUACUACAGCAGAGUGCUCGCAUCACACACUCAGAAAGCGAUCUCCGGCUGCCUGGCUCAGUUGUGGAAAGCAUAUCUUUUCACGGCAACUUGACCCUGGUGGAUGGGCUUUGUGGAAGCGACCAACCUCCCAGGCCAACUCAAUGCGAACAACCAGCUCUACAACAUAUUUGUUGGCGAGCAGCUCAACUUCGGCACCAACACACCGUCGUAUGAGACCGCUGCUCCACAGUUGGUGACCUUCGAUGGCGCUGAGCUCGACAUCAGUGCUUUCGGCGAGCCACGGGCGUCGCUUAACAUCCAGUAUCAGUAGCCACAUAGCCAUGGCUGGCGUAUCGGAGCCACGGCCGUCCGGGAGGCGGUACGUAAUGCUAAGCUCCGCGCUUCUCGAAAGCGACAACACAGUCAACAAGUGCAUGGGCAGCUUUGCAAUAUA